UAUAACCGGUCAAAUUCUUCAUCCCCUGUUGACCAAACUGAUCAGCCUCGCUUAACAAAACUGACAAGAAUACGGACUGAUAAGAAGAGUGAAUUUCUGAAAACGCUGAAACAAGACAGAGUGAAAAAGGAACAUGAAGAUGAGAAUCAUGAUGGACAAGAGAAGGAUGAUGAGUCCUUUGACUUGCAUAACAGCAGCAAUCCUCAUCAUAAGAGAGAUACGAACCAAAACUAUGAAAGUGAAAGUCCACAGGAGAAUGGCAGUUCUUCAACUACACCUCAACAGAUCACUCAGUCUUCAGCUUCCCCUCAGGAAAAUGUUCUUUCAAGCUCACUUGAGGCAGAGCACAGGUUGUUAAAGGAGAUGGGCUGGCAGGAAGACAUUGAAAAUGAUGAAGCAUUUGCACCAUUAACAGAGGAUGAGAUGAAGGAGUUCCAAGUCAUUAAGGAAAAGCUGCAAAAAAAUGGCCUUCGAAAGAAUGGCAUUUGGAGAAAUGGCCUCGUCUGUAAUUUUAAAUUUUGUUCCUGGAGAAACAGCACUUUCAAACCUGCUCUGGAGAAUGAGGAUUCUGAGACGACCAGCAGUGAUACAUCAGAUGAUGAUUAUUUUUGA